AUGGAGAGCAAGGACCAUUCUGAGCUCUGCUUUCCACAGUUGGCCAACCUGUCAUGCAAAAAGUCCAUGUUGGAAUCAUCUGAAGAUGUUCUUAAUGCUCUGCUGUCUUUAACCUGUGUCCUCACUGUGAUGCUCAAUUUGAUUGUCAUUGUUGCAAUCUCCCAUUUCAGGCUGCUUCACACUCCCACCAACCUGCUCCUCCUCUCUCUCGCCGUCUCCGACGUCCUAGUGGGCCUCGUGGUGUGGCCUGGUGGGAUCUAUCUCAGAACAUCCUGCUGGGCUUUUGGCGACAUAGCAUGCAUUUGCUUUCAGUUUGCCUCCUUCAUCAUUGUGUCCGCCUCAGUGGGAAACAUGGUGUUGAUAUCAGUUGACCGUUACAUGGCCAUUUGCGAUCCUCUCCACUAUAAUGUCAAAGUCACUGUGAAUAGAAUCCAAUUUUGUGUUUGCCUCUGCUGGUUCUUGGUGUUUCUUUACUGUUGCAUCCUUUUGAGGGAUCAUUUAGCUCAUCCGGAAAAAUGCCGUUCCUGCUAUGGGGAAUGUGCUGUUCAUUUUAACAUGAAUGAUGGGAUUUUUGAUAUGAUUGUGAUUUUCAUCCUCCCUCUCUGCAUGAUUGUUACACUGUACACCAGAGUGUUUAUUGUUGCUGUGUCUCAGGCACGAGCCAUGCGUUCUAACGUCACAUGCAACAAAGUACAAAAUUCCAUCCCUUUAGGCGCAAAGAAAUCCGAGCUGAAAGCGGCCAGGACUCUCGGUGUUCUGGUUCUCGUAUUCCUCGUCUGCGUUUGUCCUUUUUACAUUUCUCCUCUAGUAAGUGACAUAAGCUUUUCAUCAUCCGGACAUUAUGUUCUCUACCUGUUUAAUUUCAACUCGUGUGUGAACCCCUUGAUUUACGCCCUGUUUUACCCCUGGUUUAGAAGAGCUGUUAAACAUAUCGUUUCUCUGCGCAUAUUGCAGCCUGGCUCCUCCAGGGCCAAACUGGUGUAG